AUGACUCUACGGGAGGAGGUGAGGAGCCGUCAGUUUUGGCGGGGCAUGCUGGCUGAGAUACUAGGCUCUUUGAUCUUCGUAUCGGCUGUGUUGGGCUCCUCACUGCCAGGGCCUGAUGAUGCGUCCUCUGGGCCUUUGUACCCAGCACUGGCUGCAGGCAUGGCAGCAGUUGGUCUGGGACACUGCUUUGGAGAAAUCAGUGGGGCGCAGGUGAACCCUGCUGUAACUCUUGCCUUGUUGGCUACACGGAGACUGGAUGUGCUAAGGGCGGUAGUCUAUGUCUUUGCCCAGUGCUUAGGGGCCACUCUAGGGGCCGGGAUACUCUACUUGGUCCUACCUUUGAAAUCUACAGCAGAGAUCUAUGUCAACAAGGUACCCAUGGAGGUGAAUGCAGGGCAGGCUUUGGGGACAGAGAUGCUAGCUACCUUCCAGCUGGUAUUCACCAUCUUUUCUGUGGAGGAUCAACGCAGGAGAGAGGGGAGUGAGCCUGGCAACCUGGCCAUCGGUUGCUCUGUCAGUGUUGGCAUCUUUACUGCCGGAAGAUUCUCUAGUGGCAGCAUGAACCCUGCUCGCUCUCUUGGACCUGCCAUUGUAGUUGGAUACUGGGAACAUCACUGGGUGUACUGGAUUGGGCCAGUGCUGGGAGCAGUGUUGGCUGGGGUGUCUCAUGAGUUUUUUUUUGCCCCGAGUGCUUCAAGGCAGAAGCUGGUGGCGUGUCUCACCUGUAAGGACAUUGAGAUCGUGGAGACAGCCAGUGUGUCCCGCUCAUCUCUGUCUACUGUCACACAGACAGCUAUGAGAGCCAAGCAGACUAACAAACUUGAGCACAACUGAACCGAGGGACAUGCUGCAAACAUAUCUUCUCUUUAGUGAGGUUUAAGUCCAAUAUGCUCAAAGUUAGCAUGAUAUUUGGGUUGAGUAAUGACGUUCUAGAUCAAGUCGUUCUAGUAAUCUAAGUCAUGAUAUACUGCUUUACUGAAUAAUAUAGUGAGAAGAUAAAUUCACAAAUACAUAGACAGUAAAUAUUUUAACAGUAACACUUUCUAUGAAUGUCACCUUUGUAAACAUCUAUAAACAUAUUCAUAACAUGUUAUAAUGCAUUCAUAAGACAUUAUAAACAUAGCUAUAAAUAUUUAUAAAAAUGCAUUAUACGUUAUAGCCAUGUUUAUUAUGCAUUAUGAAUUGUUAACAUAAUGCAUUAUAAGUAUUGUUCAUAACAAAUUAUAAGAGCUCAUAGGUUGUAUUUGUCCGCUCUAAGUGAAGUGAAGCAUACUGUACUAAAGCCACCUCCAGUGUUAAGAGUGAGGCUUGAAGUAUUUACUGAAGA